UGGCAGCUAUGCUGCUCUUACCUGCAUCCUCAUCCAAUCCGCGUUUGUAUUUUCGUAAAGAAUCGCCUCGUCUACGUGGGUGGGGAGAUCGAACCGCGCCGUUCCAAAAUCGAAGUGCAGUACUAGUUGCAGAAGCGUGCCACAGUUCUGCUUAUACUACUAUAUAUAUUGUAUGCUUCAAGUUCGUAUUAUAAACUUACCCAGCAGUCGUUCGCGAUCGACUCGUCAAGAAGGAAAUCACAACUCGCGACUCGCGACGGCAUUUAAUUAAGUGCAAGAUCUAUCGUCAUCGGUACUAUUGAACGCGAUGGGUUCAUCAGUAGAGUCAUCGUACAGCUUAGAAAAUUUAAUUCAAACAAAAAAACAACUUCACGUCGUAUUUUGCUCUAUUGAGCUUUGUAAUUAUUAAAAAUUACACUUACCUCGGAGUAUAGAUGAAUAAUUUGUAAUAAGAGCGGUUAAGAGUUAACAAUUCUAUAAAAUGUGCACAUCAAUAUCAGUGGUUUCUCGAAGAUGCACUGGCAGACGUUAUCCAACUUCCAUGAUGACGUUGGAUAGAAUAUUUAUGAACCCAAAAUUCAAGCAUAAUAGUAGAAGUUUAUGUAGUUGGAUUGGCUCAUGCACUCCAAAGAGCAAUUCUUACAAUUUGAGCUUUUCUCACCAACAAAGAUAUGGUAGUGCUUCUGCAGGUGUUACUGCAGGUGCCAUACAUAGAAUUCUUUCCAAGACUCAAGCUAAGGAAUUAGCUGUACGAUUAACUUCUGAAGAAAGAGAAGUUUUGAUCACAGCUUUACAGGAAUGUCAAUCCAACAAACUCAAGGCUGAGUUUGAAGGUCAACUUGCUGCAUUUCGAUGGAGAAGUAAAUUUGGACGUCCAAGCAAGGUACCUUCUUUAGGAGAUGUUGAUCCUACAGGAAGUUACUGUGAGGUUCCUGAUGAUUGGUUAUUACGUAAAUAUGCUGAAUCAGUACCUCAACCUACCAGAGCAGAUUUAAUGAGAGUGGCUGUUGCUAAUGCAAUACCUUUCAUUGGAUUCGGCUUUCUAGACAAUCUUGUUAUGAUAAUCGCUGGAGAUUCAAUUGAAGCAUCUUUAGGAUCAUUCAUAACAUUAUCAACUAUGGCUGCGGCCGCUUUUGGAAACACCAUUUCCGAUAUUUUGGGUAUAGGAUCGGCAGUUUAUGUUGAACGAUUGGCACAAAAGAUUGGUUUUGAGCCACCUAAGUUAACGCCAAUGCAACUAAACUUACCUAUGUGUAGAAGAUCGGCUAAUUUUGGCCGAGUUUUAGGUGUGACUAUUGGUUGUAUAAUUGGAAUGUUGCCACUGCUAGUGAUAGAUGCGAAAGAUAAAAAUACAGAAGAAAAAGAUAAAAAUACAGAAGUAAAAGAUAAAAAUACAGAGGAAAAUAUAAAAAUACAGAAGUAA